AUGACUGAUAGCAAUGGAGUACUAGGAGAGAGCAUCACACUUUCCGGGGGGCAAAAGUCCCCAGAAAACUGCAUAAGUCUGUGCGAAUCCAGCUCGGGUUCGCCUUGUGUGGCGGUCACCUACAAAACAAAUUCCGGGACAUGCCACAAGGUAUAUGUGACGUCAACCUUAGCUGACGCUGUGUCGAAUGGCCACGUGGUUUUUACCGCUGACUCACAGUACGACUCUUAUAUUAAUGAUACAGUUUUUGAAACAAGUACCACUACUCUGAUUUUCACUGAAGCAUUCAAGAACCAUUUAGAGCGCCAGUCAUCCCGCUCUAGUAGUCCAGUGGCCCAAUCUACCAAUGUGCUGUCUUCAGCGUCCUCUUCGUCGUCCACUUUAACCCCAAGCAGUCAUGAAACAGUUUCCAUGACAUCGGCAACAAUUUCCGGAAACAAUAGACCUCUUACUUCGACCAGUGAAACGGAAUUCUUUAUAACAAUUGAAUGCGUCGUGACAAGUAGCGUCAGCGGCAGCAGUCAAGUAGAUAUCUUGACUUCAACAUUUGCGACCGCCGUCACGUCACCAAGUAGCAGCAGUAGUCAAGUAGAUAUAUUGCCUUCAACUUUGGCGACCGCUGCCAUGUCGCCAAGUAGCAGCAGUAGUCAAGUAGAUAUAUUGCCUUCAACUUUGGCGACCGCUGCCAUGUCGCCAAGUAGCAGCAGUAGUCAUGUUAACAUCCUGACUUCAACAUUGGCGACUAGUUUCAUGUCGCCAAGUAGCAGCAGUAGUCAAGUUAACAUCCUGACUUCAACACUUGCGACCGGUGCCAUGUCGCCAAGUACCAGCAGUAGUCAAGUAAAUACCCUGAAGUCAACAUUGUCGCCCGCCGUGCCAAAUUCCGAUACUGAAAAAAGUACCAUAGCACCCUCAAGUUCGAAAAAUGAAAAGUAUUCCAUUGCCGUAACCUAUUUCCCUGUUAUUUCUUCAUAUAUGGAGAUAACUGAGAUAACCCUCUUAGGUGAAGAAAGUCAAAAGAUAUCUAUCGAUUCUAUAAUGACUUCUAGCGAGGUCUUGAGUGACAAUACAGCAAUUGAGGCCACUUCUAUUGUGACAGUGACUCAGACAACAGGAUCCGUUCCAUCAAUCACGGAGGCACGGUCAACGGUUGCCGUAACUACUGCCCCAGUUCAUGCUACUACAAGCGUUUCCGUGUGUAACGACAUCCCGUUUGUCAUUAAUGCAGAACGAAUCGGAAAUGACACUGGUGUGAAUUCUACAGUGACUUAUGUUUGCGGCACAGGGUACCGUUUUCCGUCAAUGGAAAAGGAGCAGACGAUCACUUGCACAGAAAAUGGCACGUGGUCAAAGAUGGCGCUUCCUCCAUGUUCAGUUGUAAUCUGCCAAGAAAACGAGCUUCAAAACAUCACAAACGUGAACACGGUAAUCUAUACAGAACCAACCGUAUAUAACACGUUGGUUACAUAUUAUUGCAAGAAUGGAACAGUUUUCCCGGAAGGUGGAACGAAAAGGAUCGGUAGAUGCUCCGACUCGGGUCAAUGGGUUCCGAAUAUCAAAGCAUGUGGAGCCACUGGAAGCACUUUGCCAAAGGCCAGCGUCGGGUCGACUCCUCCCCUUGAAGCCGAGGGAGCAGAAUACAUCGGCUCUUUCGCCAUUAUUAUCCUUGUGGCAGUUUGCGGCACGAUCGUGUUACUGGACCUGUUAACUUUGCAAAGACAUCUACGCUAUUUGCAUAGGAACGUUCGACAUACAGAAUGGUUCCGCAGAUGUUUUGGAAAGAAAGCUAAGAAACGUAAAACAAUGGCUUAUGAAAAAACAGCGGUUCCGAAGAAAAAAACUUGA